GCGCAUUUGUCAACUCGCCACGACAAACCCAUUGGAUUACACAUUACACCAUGUUUCUUUAUCAAUUUCACUCAUUCAUUUUUUGAUGUUCCGCGAAGCGAGAUAAUGAGUGUAAGUGUUCCAUGGCCGAAAAGGUUUGGGAAACGCUGGAAUUGGGUAUAAAUCGCAUUUUUGUGUGUUUUUACAAUAGAUCUCACGAAACAAGUAAAAAUUGUUCGAGACAUGAACUUGCCAAAAACCAACUUUGGGUAGGGCCACGACACAAUAGGAUUAGGUUCUAAAAAGAUAAACAAUAAAUGAUAUAUAUAUAUAUAUGUAGAAAUUCUUUGUUUACACUCGAGUUGUUGAUCAUAAAUUGUAUGCGACAAAAGAAAUGAGAACAAUAGGGUCCAGCCAACGACUAACAUACCGGGUCCAGCAUAAAACUUCUUUAAACGAGUCUAUAACCUGAAGGCAUCUCGGGUGGCAUUUUCAAGGUGGUUUUGUGCUAUUUUUCUAUUAAAUCCCUCGCGCAUCUCGACUGACAAAUUGUGAGGCAAACACUGUAGGUAUUUGCGAACUUUCAUGGUUGGCUGCGGUCGUAUUGUGGUCAUGUGAUAUUGAUCAGUCAGCAUCAGAAAUAGUAAGGAGGGAAGGUGCUUGUUUUGCCAGAGCUCGUUAAAAUUUGACCAGGAUUUGGUAGAUCUAAGCCUUCGCAUCGUCAUUAACAGUACGUGGGGUUGGAAUUCGCCUGUAUCAAAGUUGCGUCAUAUAACCUGAAUAUUAUUCUGUGAACUUUUUGCAGAACCUUGCUUAUUUCAAAUAUUUUAUUCAUCAGAAGGAUACCAGUAGUGCAGAAUAAUUGAAAAUGAGUUCUUACACGUACAAGUUAUAUUAUUUCAAUUCCCGUGGAAGGGCAGAAAUGAUCAGGUGGAUAUUUGCCGCAGCUGACGUGAAAUACGAAGAUAUUCGGCUUGACAAAGAACAAUGGGCCAAGAAAAAAUCAGAAAUGCCUUUCGGACAAAUGCCGGUAUUGGAAGUAAUUGACGGUAACGGUACGAGCACCCUUAUAGCAGAAAGCCGCGCAAUCGAACGGUUUUUGAUCAAACAAUUCAACUUGGAUGGAGAAACAGAUCUAGAUUGUGCGAAGAUUGACUCUAUUCAGGAAUAUAUGAGUGAUUUGUUCCGUAAAAUGCCUUUCUUCGAAUCCGACCUCCAAAAGAAGGAAAAGCUGAUGAAAGAGGCAUUUGAAGGACCCGUAACAAAAGCCUAUGAAAUAGUGGAGUCUCAAGUCGGGAGUAGCAAAUAUUUUCUGGGAGAAAAGCUGACUUGGUUUGACCUAGCCAUCACUGCAGGAUCGGAUGUUCUUCUCAUGUUCAAUCCAAAUCUAUUUGAGAAAUAUCCGAAACUGAAGAAGCUUCAUUCAACUGUUCGAUGUCAUCCUAACAUAAGUGCAUGGAUAGCUAAACGUCCCCAAACGCCUUAUUAAUUCACAAAUUUCCAUUAAAACCUUCACGAAAUCAUAUUUCCUAAAAAAAAGGCAUGUUUUCCUAAAAUUGGAAGUAUGAUAUCGGUAGGCUAUCUGUAGUUUUAUUUUGGAGAUACGUGCUGAAGAAGUAAAGCGGACUUUGCGACUAUUUAUUUACUUUGCUGUCAUAAAACAGUGCCGAUUCAAAUGUAUCUUCGUUUCACGUAAGAUACGUACUUAGUUUUGCUAUUAGCCCAAGUUUCUUGGUCGAGUAAAUAUAUGCAGAUCUACUUAUGAUAACCUCUCUUUUGAAAUUAUGCCUACGACCUUACUUAAUAUGAGAUUACUCUGUCGAUUGCACCAUUCGUAUUGCCUACAAUACCAAUAAAACAUCAUUGCGCCAUGUUUGUUAAUCUCGGAUUAAAACUGCCCUCGAGCUAUUUGCUUCGUCAUUCGGCGGAAUGGCGCGAAAGAUAUUGUGUUUAAAAUAAGACAGAAUCGAAGAUACGCUUGAGCAAACAAACAAGAGAAGAAAUGCUAAGUUAUGUAUAAAUUGAUUCCAGUUUCCCAGCAAAACUUGCGCGAUAGUUUGUUUGCGUUUUGUUGCGACUGCAUGGUGUAGGUUGUUUGAUUUCGAUUUCCCUCAAUCAAUCGCACUUUAGAUAU